UUAUCAUUCCCUUUUAACACUCUCCCUCUAAAACACACACUCUCUAAAACUCUCUCCACUCUCACAGUCCCCAUAUACACAUCGUAUGUCGAUGUAGUUUGUACCUUUCCCUGAGUCGAUCCUGACUUAUCUUAUGCAAAAGUUCCCUUUACUAAAACUCUUCUAGUUUGUUGUUUUAGUUCAUUGAAAGAGAGACGCAAAUAUUUAGAAAGAGAAAAAUAUGAUAAAAAUUAAUUUAGUCAUUUUAUUAUUUAAAUCGGAGACAAGGGUCGUCUAAUUAAAAUCUAAGCAGCGAAAAUAUAUAUUUUUAUUUUUAUUUUUUCGAAAAUGACUUAGCUGUCAAAUAUGAGCAAAGCCAUUUUGGCUCCAAUCUGUAUGCACUCUCCCCAUCUGGACUCGACGGAUCUAGGUUUUGUUUGCGCUUUCACAUUACGAUUCGCCAAACGAGGGCUUUAAUGUCUCCGACGAUCAUUCUUCAACGCCGGUGACUUCUUUACAUCGCUGGUGAUCAUCUCCGACAAACCCUCUCCUCUUUCGACAGCUACAGGAUGUUAGGUUAACAAUUCUUAUUGUUCAAGAUUAUCAUGUUGUUGAAGCUAAUUAAACAUAUGGAUUAAGAAAUACACACGGAUGGCGGUUUCUAAAAAGACAGUUAUGGCAUUUAAGUCCUACCAAAAUCAGGCUGAGAAGCUGGUUAAGAAUUAUAUAUUGGCAGAUCCUUUCAUUCCAUACACUGCUAUCCUUGGGGGCAUUUUUGCUUGCAAAAUGUAUUUCCAUGCACAGGUCUAUGAUCUUACGCAGUUGAUCAGCACCUUUUACUUCAGGAGCUAUGUUGGCCUCACAAAAAUCCAGCGGAUCGAGUGGAACAGCCGCGGUAUCUCUACUGUUCACGCCAUUUUUAUUGCAACUAUGUCAGUGUACUUUGUGUUCUGGUCAGAUCUCUUCACUAACCAGCAUGGUAUUUUUACUUUGCGAAGCUCACCACUUUCAACUUUUUCAUUGGGGGUUUCUGUUGGAUACUUUCUUGCAGACCUUGGAAUGAUUUUUUGGCUAUAUCCUUCUCUGGGUGGAAUAGAGUAUAUUGUCCAUCAUUCUCUUUCUGGAAUUGCAGUAGCAUAUUCUAUGUUAACUGGUGAGGGGCAGUUUUAUACAUUUAUGGUCCUCAUCUCUGAAGUGACAACUCCAAAUAUAAAUAUGAGAUGGUAUCUUGAUACUGCUGGUUUGAAGAGGUCUAACACAUAUCUGAUUAAUGGUGUGAUGAUAUUUUUAUCUUGGCUGGUAAUGCACACCCUGAUUUCUUUGCUUUGUGGGCCCAUAAGAAUUUUGCUGUUCAUUUACAUGUUCUACCACGUUUAUUUGCACUAUGAGCAGGUCCUCCGGAUGCACACCUUUGGUUUCUUUUUGGCACUGGUGGUGCCGUUGGCGCUUUCUUUCAUGAACUUGAUGUGGUUUGGGAAGAUUAUCAAGGGAUUGAGAAAGAACUUUGCAAAGAGACAGUUGGUAGAUUAAUCUUUUAUUUUCCCCGUAUAUUGGUUUCAUUUUCCUGUGCAUUCUACCCUUUUCUUUACUGUAUUAGUCGGUAGAGGGGAAAAAGGAAGAAGAAAAAGAAAGAAAGGUAAACUUGAAAUUUUGAGUUGAUGGGAAUGAGAAUGUUGUAAAUGACACACAGCUAGCUAACCUUAUGAUCAGAUAUGUGCUUCAAGAAUGCUCUCUCCGGUUUUUCUUUUUCCACUCUAUCUACCAAAGAAGGAAGAAGACCAAAGGAGGAAAAGAAGAAAGAAGAAAGAAAAGAAUUUCAAAUACUGAAACGUGCAUCUAACUCUUUUAAAGAGAAUCCGUAUGGGGUUUUAUACAAUUGAAAUUUCGUAUCAAAAUUUAUUUACAGUAGAUCACACGAAUUAGUCAAUCUCUUAUAUUAGCAUUCUUUUGAUUUCAUUUCACCAAUUUAAAGUAUCAUCCUUGGCCUUUUUGUAUAAUUUUAGUUUAUGAUUUUUUUUAUUUUUUUAUUUUACAGAGAUAAUUGAUCAUUUUAAUAUUGGGUA